AUGGCGCACGACUCCGUUCACAUUUCGGCCCCAGAGCCAGUUCUGCCCGAUGCCGCGCGAGGGCAUCCGAGAUUGAUCUCCAUAGCAGGCGGCGCGCCGCCCAUGGGGCAACCUAAUUUCGACGUUGACUAUGCAAUCGCCGGUAUGGACAGACCGUCCCACGCAGCGACUCCACGAUACGCCGCAGCCGACCCAGCAGCCUUGUUCGAAGCAGGCUUCCAGGCGGGCGCCCAGUGGGCGCUUUCGAGAGUGCCCAACGAUCUCCACCAGCGGGUCCUCGCCGGGGAGCGAUCUGUGUGGGAACGAGUCCACGAAGGGAUGCCCGCCGCCAGGGACGGCACGCUGGGCCGCAGCGCGGCGGCUGCCUGGGCGUCGUGGUGCCCGCAACAGUGGGCCGCACCCGGCGCACCAGCGCCCCCGGUCGCACGGCUCUCUGGGAGGGCGGACGGAGACAUUUCGCCGUGGGGAGCGUGGUCGCAGGCGGCUUCGGCGGAGGGCGUCAGGGGGAACUGGCCGUUGUGGCAGGAUGGCAUGAGCGCGCUUUCCACAGAAGGACCCUCUGCCGCAGAUGCGGGGUACGAGCUUGUGAUCAACGAAGGCAACUAUUUCGCGGACCUCACGUCCGCGGGGCAACUCUUCCCGGCCGGGGGUGCUGAGGAGGACGAGUUCGCAGAAGCGGAAUUAUAUGAUGAUGCCGAGUCCAAUGGCGAAGCCGCAGUGGCCUUCGCGACCCGGCCAGGGAAGCCGUGCGCCCCCGUAGAUUGCGACAUGGUGAUGGCCGUCCGGGCUGAAUGCGAGGAGCACCUCAUCCAGAUCAGGACCCUGUGCGAACAGAAUAGCCAGGUGAUGUCCGCCUGCUGGGGCGACGUUGGAGACACGGCGGGCGGAGCGUCCUCCUCCAGCAAAGGCUUCGACACGGACAAGCAGAAUGCGCAGCGGAAGUUCGAAAAGCAGAUCGAAGAAUUGCUGCACAAGCUUGGAGCACGCUUGUACGAGCUCUGCGAGGAUACCCCGAUUGACCACUACCCGGUCCCCAGGGACGCGAAGAAUGCGCUCGCCAAACACAUCACGCGACUUCGGGGGGCCCAGGAACAGGCCACGGCUUGCGCCGCUGGAUCUCAGCCAUGGGGUGGGGAAGACGGCGGCGACAGCACCGUCGCCCAUGCCAAUUACACACAGCUCCUUGGCAAGAAGGGGUACCUCAAGCUUCCUCAAUGGUUCCAAGGCUGCCAGGCGCCGAGCAACACGGAUGAGCUGCCCAGGCUCCCUGAGGAGACUGCGGAUUACGAUUGGGGCAGAUGGUGGCUUGAUGUGGGCGGUUUCAAGGACUGGAACCAGCUGGACGACCGGCGAUGGAGCGCGCUGCACCACGCCCUCUACUCCAUGACUUUCUCGUGGCGAGCAGGUGAGGCGGCCAAGCAAGGCAUCAAGCACGUCUCAAUCGAGACCCUCAACACCAAGACCAUUGGCUCGGAGGGGGAGCCGCUGCCCAAAGGGUUUACCUGCCUACAUUUUCUGUGUCAGGGCAGCGACAAGAGCUUCGAGAAGAGGAAUCUCGUGAUCCCGCUUCUGGAGAAGAAGGCCGACAUCGAGGCCGAGGACGACAUGGGGAACACUCCCCUCCUCAAGGCGGCCGGAACCGGCUUGGCCGACUUCGUGGAGAUCCUGAUCUCUAGGGGCGCCAACACUGCCGCCCUGAACAAGAACGGAAAGGGGGCGCUGGAGCUGGCCAAGGGCUGCUCCAGCACGGCCGCCGCCAUGCUGCGCGACGCCCGGGAGCGGGGAAAGCACGUGCCAGAGACUCGGGGCCAGAGCGGCAGGACGCGCACGGGGGUCAGCUGCAAGCGCAACGCCCGCUACGAGCGGGGGCUGCUGGACGCGAAGAGGGACGUCAGAGGAGACGGCAUGCGCGAGCAGCCGGCCCCGAUGUCCAACAGCGGGGGCCAGGAAGGCCCGCAGAGCGACGCUUGGCAGUGGAAGCGCUCCGAGCGCUGGCACCGGAGGGGCCCCGAGAGGCACCGGAAGGGUGCCCACAGGGACUAGAGGAGCACCGAUGGGCAUAUGCUUCGGGUGUUGCUAGAAGCGUCCCUGGCCCAAGGUGCUCAUGGGAUGUGC